GCCGCGUUUACUUUUUGGAUUUGAUAUCCUUUAUACUACGCUUCGGGUUGUUCUUUAUCUAUUCAAUUACUGGGGUUUCAUUCAGGACCCCGCUCACUUGCAUUGCCUUCUACCAGGCCCCGUUCAUCCUUUCCGAAGUAUCAUCCACCACCAAUGUCGAUGCGCUGGUGAACUAAAGUGUAUGCGUUGUUGCGCGACUCGAUCUAUUCAACAUGUCUUCUCGGGGGUCGAUCCCUCGCCGACGACGCCGGUCUGAUGAUGGCGAUGGUGACGAUGUGGGUAGUGUUAGUGAGAGAGCUUCCUCUGGGCCGAUGAGGGGUUCGCGCACGUCGUCGCAUCGCUCGGGCGAUAGUAAACGGCUACGAUUGAGUACUGAGGAGCCUGAUGAGGAAGACGAAAUGGUAGAGGUCAGAGAUGAGGUGGAUGGACAGGAUUUCAGGGGUCGGGGGUCAGAGGAACUGGGGGAGGGCUCAGACGACGGCCAGGACAUCCGGUAUGAGGAGCUACAGGAGGAAGUGGAGGACGGGUCGGGCAAUGAGAACUUGAGCGAUCAGGAGGGUUCUGCGACCAACCAGGACGAGGAAAGGGAAGCAUCCGAAGAGACGGCCGAUGGCAACUACGAGUCCGCGAAGGACGGCGCCUUGGACGAUAGCGAGGCCCAAGCUGGAGCUGCAGAGGAGGUAGAAACUCUGGGCGAUGUACCUCAAGAAGGGAACGAUGAAGCUUCUGAAGAGUCUGAAAACGCCGAAGAUGACACCGAAGUGAAACGUCCUUCGAAGUCGACCUCUGACCUUUCGAAGAAGAGCAGCGCUAAAGUCGCAACGCCGAAAUCAGCAACAAGCCGGAAUGCUUCGCAGAAUGGAACCGCCCAGAAGAGGAGUGCUCGGGAUGGUACUGACGACGAUCAAGAUAGCGAUACUGCAGAAUCAGAGAGCUCUGACCGUGACACCGAUGAGUACGCCGCGUCAAAUGCAGCAGGGUCCGGGUCUAGCAAGCACCCUAGCACCCAGACUGCAGGGACGGGAUCGACUUUAUCGCAGAGUGGUCUGCUUAAUGGAGGGCCGCAGGAAGCGUAUAAGCCAGGUGCUAUUGUGCGUAUUAGAGUGACGGACUUCGUAACCUACACGUCUGCGGAAUUCUUCCCUGGCCCGAAGCUGAACAUGGUUAUCGGUCCGAAUGGUACCGGAAAGAGUACCCUUGUUUGCGCGAUAUGUCUUGGUUUAGGAUGGGGACCACAGCAUCUCGGACGUGCAAAAGACACGGGAGAGUUUGUGAAGCAUGGCUGUAGAGAAGCUACGAUUGAGAUCGAGCUGGCUGGAAAGCCGGGUUCUCGUCACAAUCCUGUCGUUUCUAGAACCAUCAAGCGUGACGGCAAUAAAAGCACGUUCACGAUCAACGGAAAACAGGCCUCCCGCUCCCAGGUGCUGAAGCUAGCACAAUCAUUCUCUAUCCAGAUUGAUAACCUCUGCCAAUUCCUUCCCCAGGAUAAAGUCGCCGAAUUCGCAGCUCUGACACCAAUAGAGUUGCUCAAUUCAACCCAAAGAGCCGCCGCUGGCGAGGAAAUGAUCGAAUGGCAUGAGAACCUGAAGCGUUUGAGAGCGGAGCAAAAGAAGCUGCAAGCGGACAACCAAGGCGACCGUGACACUUUGACGAACCUUGAGGAUCGGCAAGAAAUGCAAAGAGCCGACGUUGAGCGGAUGCGCCAAAGGGCUCAGAUUAAGAGGAAAAUCGAGAUGUUGGAGAUGGCCCGACCUGUUCUGCAGUAUAAACAGGGACACGAGAGGUAUAAUAAUAUGAGAAGGGAAGUUAAAAGAAUCGAACGCGAACUAGCGCGACUCAAAGAGGAUCUCGAGCCUGCCUUAAGAUCCGUCAAUGCAAAACAACAGUACUGUCUCGAAACGGACGAGGUUAUCAAGUAUAAAACGCGUCGUCUAGAGGAAGCCGAGCGUGCGGCUUCCGACGCUGGCCGAAGAAUUGAACAACAUGAGCGGGAGAUAAAGGGAUUUGACGAUGAAAUCAAUGCCGAAAAAGAGGGCGGGCAAGGCUAUAGGCAAGAAGCAACUAAGAUUCAGCAAACGAUAAACAAGCUCACGCGUCAGUUGAAUGAGAAACCUGACGACUUCGAUGUGGAGUGGUAUAACGAGCAAAUAAGAGAAAAACGACGAGAAAUCAGGGAAAUUGAAGAAAAGGCGGCCCAGAUUAAAAGCGACCGACGACCACUUUUCGAAAGAUUGAAUGUGAAAGCCGAUCAGAUCAAGCAGGCGGAACGUCAGUUACAAAACUUGGAAUCCCAGGCUGGACAGCAAGAGAACAAGCUUGGACGACUCUCUGCCGAUUCCGUUCGCGCCUAUCAUUGGAUCCAACAAAACCAAGACAAGUUCGAAAAGGAGGUCUUUGGGCCUCCAGUGGUUACAUGCUCAAUCAAAGACCCAAAGUACGCCGACGCUGUUGAGUCCUUCUUGCAGCGCACGGACUUCAUGGCCUUCACUACGCAAACCCGGAAUGACUUCAGGACCUUGCAGAGGAUACUCUGCGGCGAACAGAAGUUGACCGAUAUUAGUAUUCGAACAUGUUCCACACCACUAGAUAGACUUCAGCCUUCUGCAGCCGAGGCUGACGAAUUCCGCGAAUUCGGAUUUGAGUGCUGGGCGAAGGAUUGUCUCAGUGGACCAGAUCCAGUUCUGGCUAUGCUCUGUAGCGAAAAGGGCCUGCACCAGAUACCCAUUAGUCAUGCAGACAUGGCAGACAAUGAUUUCGAACGCUUGAAAACGGGUCGCUUAAUUUCCUGGGUUUCUGGAAGGCUAAACUAUACGGUUAUGCGGCGAAGGGAAUACGACGCAAUUUCCUCCCGGCUUAGGCCUCUGAGGCCAGCUAAAUUCUGGACCUCACAACCAGUGGAUGCAUCAGAGAGACAAAGAGCCACGCAGAAGAUCCGUACACUGAAAGGCGAAGUGCAGGAGGUGCAAGAGCAGAUAAACAGUGAAAAGGCCAGGCUUGAACAACUUGGUCAUAAACACACUGAACUCAAACAAGAGCAAAGCGAGCUUGAGCGGGAGAAGGGAGAAAAGCAGACAGCUCUAACACAAUUCAGGGCUAUUCCGGAGAGAAUACGCCAGCAAGAAGCGAGGCAGAAGGAAAACCAGAAAAUGUUCGAGCAGAUGAGAACGCGAGUCGCCAACCUCCGUAGUGAGCAAGAUCAGGCAUCCCUCCGCAAGGCAGAGGUCGCCAAUAUUUCCCAACAACAGCCCGACCUAGCCGAACUAUUACACACGAUUAAAGAUAUGACAAUGGAGCAGUUCGAGGCCGACAUUGACUCCGAAAAGGCUCGUCUCGAACUCACCCACGGUGGAAACAGUAAUGUGAUCAAAGAAUUCGAAGAACGUGGACGUCAAAUCGACAAGCUGCGUGACAAACUCGCCGACUUCCAGAAAAAGCUGGACGACUACAACCACGCCAUCAAUGAAAUCCGCGGCCGCUGGGAACCCAAGCUUGACUCAAUCAUCAAAAGCAUCAGCGACGCUUUCUCCGACUCGUUCGCCCGCAUCGGCUGCGCCGGCCAAGUCACCCUGGACAAGGCCGAAGAGACUGGUCCGAACGGCGAACCAGGUGACAGCGACUUCGACCAAUGGUCGAUUCAAAUCCACGUCAAAUUCCGCGAACACGAAAACCUUUCCCUGCUGGACUCGCACCGUCAGUCCGGUGGUGAACGCGCCGUCAGCACCAUCUUCUACCUCAUGGCCCUCCAAUCUCUCUCCGCAUCCCCCUUCCGCGUGGUCGACGAAAUCAAUCAGGGUAUGGAUCCCCGAAACGAGCGCAUGGUCCAUGGCCGUCUGGUCGAUAUAGCCUGCGCCCCAUCUGAAACCGGCGGCGGCGGCCAGUACUUCCUGAUCACACCCAAGCUACUUAGCGGGUUGGCUUACAAGCCGGGAAUGCGCGUCCUCUGCAUCUACAGUGGCGAGCACAUGCCCGAAGACUACAACCUGAUCGACUUCAAGGGAGCCAUUGCCAAACGAAAGGCCGUGACAGGGAGGAGGACGACCAUGGGACCUGCUGCCAGUACAGGUAGUGUAAGCGUUCAUGGUUGAUGAUGUUGAUUACAACCACCACAAUAACGACGAAAUUGCGAUUACGGCCAUGAAGUGCUUAUCCUUGACUCCCGAUACCUCCCUUUCUUCAUUCCUUCCUCUCUAUUCUCCAAAUUCCCUGUCCCUUCUUCUCUAUUCUAUUACAUACUAUCCGGAAAUAUUCCCCUUUACUCGCAAUUUCAAUUGUCUUU